UUGUCGCCCAUUGAACUCUGUAUUUUGUUAGAAACCUCUGGUGCUUUCUACUUGUUAAGGUCUGCGCCGAAUUUCUUUGUUUGGGUCGCUAAUUUUUUUUACUUUCUAAUGGUUCGGACUUUGAUUCCUUGAAUUUGAUGAUCUUGAAUUACUCUAGGAUUUGUAAACCUCUCGUGGUUUCUGUUCAACAACAAUGAAGAGGGAGCUGCAGUUAGAACCGGCGGGGGAACGAAGUCCUGGUGACUCUGAUCCCCUGCUUGGGAAUGAGGCUAACUCGUUGACGGAAAGUUCGAACGAAAUAAAGGAUGUUGAGGUCGAAGCUCCUUCUGCGGCUUGUUGUCGUAUCUGUCUAGAGUACGACGGCGAACAAGGUACAGGUGAAGAAUUGAUAUCUCCUUGCAUGUGCAAAGGAACCCAGCAGUUUGUUCAUCGGUCAUGCCUUGACCAUUGGCGCUCAGUGAAGGAAGGAUUUGCUUUUUCACAUUGCACAACUUGCAAGGCACAAUUCCAUCUUCGAGUUGAAUUACUGAAGGACUAUUCCUGGCGUAAAAUAAAAUUUAGAAUUUUUGUGGCAAGAGAUGUUCUGCUCGUAUUCUUGGCAGUUCAAACUGUGAUUGCUCUAAUGGGUGGCUUUGCGUACUUUAUGGACAAAAAUGGGAAUUUCCGGAAUUCAUUCAACGACAGUUGGGACCGUAUACUGUCAAAACAUCCAAUACCCUUUUACUACUGCAUUGGUGUAGUAGCCUUCUUUGUGCUGCUGGGGUUUUUUGGGCUCAUACUACAUUGCUCCUCUUUCAACAAUAGUGACCCAUGCAUGGCUGGCUGUCGGAACUGUUGUUAUGGAUGGGGCAUUUUGGACUGCUUCCCAGCUUCUAUGGAAGCAUGCUUUGCCCUGGUAAUCAUCUUCGUUGUCAUAUUUGCCAUACUUGGCAUUGCUUAUGGUUUUCUUGCUGCCACCAUGGCCACCCAGAGGAUCUGGCAGAGACACUACCACAUCCUCACAAAGAAGGAGCUCACGAAGGAAUAUGUGGUCGAGGAUCUUUGUGGGUGUUAUACACCACCAAAGCUGGACCCAGAGCAUGAGGAGCGUCUAAAAUUACUGAAGCUCCUGUAGAGAGAGAAGCUGGUUGAGGAGGUAAAGAACAUCUUGGCAAGGAAAUGUCUUGGACCUAGCCACAAACAUGUGAGAUAUCGAUGCAUAUAAUGUAUUUAUUAAUGCAUGGCAACCUGUCGUGGAACGAGGGAAGAGAAAUUACAUCUUUUUUAGCAUUUCUUUGGAUGAUGUGGCCAAAAUGUGAAUAACAGUUCUUAAAAGCUUUGCUUCCCUCUCCAA